AUGUGUAUUGGUGUGGCUAAAGUUGGUAUUGGGAAUAAUAAUAUUUAUAAUAAUAAUAAAAGUUAUUAUUCAACCGAAAAAAACAAUUCAACUAUAAAUCCAUCAAGCAAUGAAGAGAUUGUAUUGGAUAGUAAAAGUGAGGGUUACAUAGAAUGGAAGGAUCCAUCAAAAAAAAUAAAAAAAUGUGUUUUAACAGGUCAAAAUAGAAUAUCAAAAGAUGUUAAAGAUAUUUCAUUUUUAAAUAAGCAUGGCUUAUUAGUUAAAUUAAAUAGUAACUCUUUAUUAAAUAGUUCAAAAAAUAAUAGUAAUAAUAGUAAUAGUGACAACAACGACAACGACAUCAACAACGCUAAUAAUCAAAAUGAAGAAGUUAUAAGAGAGGAUUAUGAUGAUACAUUCGAAGUUAUUAAAACAAAAAAACAAAAGCAAUUGGAGAAAAAUUUAAUGGGCAAGAGUGGUGAUUUAGAUUAUCAAGAUAGUCCUGAAAUAAUAACAAGUAAAAAAAAUAAAAAGAAACAGACUAUGAAGGAGGAUUUCAAAAAUAAUGAAGUAGACAUUAUAGUUUUAGACGAAAAUGUAAAUAGUAUUAAACCAAGUAAAAAGUCUAAAAAGAAAUCAAUUUUAGUGCAACCAGAGGAUGAAGAGGUAUCGUUGGAAGUUGAUCAAAAUGAAAUAUUCAGAGAAUAUAAUUUGGAUGAAAAUGGUGAACACAUUGUGACAAUGAGCCCAGGUUUUAAAUCUCCUGAACUAGAUCGAAUAAAGUCAAAUUUAGAAAAACCAUUAAAAGAAUCCAAACCAAGAAAGAAGAAAGUUAAGGAAGAGCAAGAACAGCCAAUUGUAAAACAGCAAAAAGAAAAAGUUUCUAUUAUUACAGAAAAAGAGGUAACAGAAGGUGUUAAAUCUAAAAUAAAGAAAGAGAAGAAAGAUAAAUUAAAAAAUCAAAUUAACAAUACUGAUGAUUUAAAUCAAGUUCAGUCAAUUGGUAUUGAGGGUUUGAAAUCAAAAAAGAAAAGAGUUAAGGUUGAUGAAUAUUUAAAUAUUAUUGAUGUAUAUAAAGAAUGGAAGGCAACAGUGUUAUCCAAAUCAAGCAAAGAUAUAUUGACAACAAAGCAUAAAUUGCCAAACAAACCAAUUAAAAUGCAAUCGCCGUCAUCAAAUGCUAUCGAUGGUGUUUUGGAAAAAGAACAUGAAUGGGACAGCUUGGUAGACUCUUGUAAUAGGAUGGUAUUUGGUAAUUCUAGCUUUAGACCAUUACAGCAGCAGGUUAUAAACUCAAUUUUACAUGGUAGAGAUACUUUUGUCAGUUUACCAACUGGUGGUGGUAAAAGUUUAUGCUUUCAAAUUCCAUCUUUGGUCGAUAGUAGUGGUAUUUCGAUUGUACUUUCACCAUUAUUAUCAUUGAUGCAGGAUCAGGUUCAUAAAUUAAAGCUUUUGGGUGUUCCAGCAUGCUCAAUUAAUAGUAGUAAUACACCCUUACAGAAUAGAAAAACAAUAGAGCAGUUAUUGGACAAGGAUAACUGUAACAUUUCAAUAGUCUACGUUUCACCAGAAAGAUUAUCACAAACAGAGUUUUUAGAGGUAUUGAACACAUUGAAUAAUCAAGGUAGAAUAAAAAGAUUAAUAGUCGAUGAGGCUCAUUGUAUUUCUGAAUGGGGACACGAUUUUAGACCAGCUUAUAGAAAGAUUUCAUUGUUUAGAGAAAAUUUUCCAAAUGUACCAAUCGCAGCAUUUACAGCAACUGCCAAACCAUCAGUAGAGAGUGAUAUCAAAAAUGAACUAAAGUUACAUAACCCAGUUACCAUAGCAUCAAGCUUCCUCAGAACCAAUUUAUUAUAUCAAAUUAGAAGCAAGAGUCCAGAUCAAUCAAGAUCAUUUGCAGAUAUCGCAGAUUACAUUAAAAUGAGACAGUCAAGGUCAUGUGGUAUUAUUUAUUGUGCAACUACAAAUGAUUGUGAAUUACUAUCGCAAUACUUAAAUGAAGAAAAUAUAGAUUCACAUUUCUAUCAUGGAUCAUUAAAGAAUAGUGAAAGAGUCGAAAUUCAAAAGGCAUGGACUAACAAAUCAUUCAAAAUUAUCGUAACUACAUUAGCUUUUGGUAUGGGUAUUGAUGUAAAAGAUGUAAGAUUUAUCAUUCACUAUACCAUGCCAUCAUCCAUCGAGGCAUAUUAUCAACAAACUGGCAGAGCAGGUAGAGAUGGUUUACCAAGUGAAUGCAUUUUAUAUUAUACAUCAAAUGACUAUUUUAAAAUCAGUAGAAUCAUCCAAACUCAAGCCCAACCAUCAUCAUCCUAUUUCUAUAGCGAAGAGCAGGAGUUAGUGGCACAAAAGCAGCAAAUGACCGAGAACAAAGUAGAGUUACUUGAUAGUAUUAACAGUUUUUGCAGAAAUGAUGACGUAUGCAGAAGAGUCCAAUUAUUGGAUUACUUUGGCGAAGUUUCAAAACCAUGUAAAACAAAUUGUGAUAUAUGCAUCUCCCAAACCCAAUAUGGCCAUAACAACUAUACCAAAUCGAAAUUAAAACAAUUAAAAAAUGAUAUCCAAACAUCUCAAGAUUCAAUAGAAAGAGUAUACACAAGAAACUCUUAUUCCACUUUUAAAUAUAAUAAAAAAAAGUCUAAUAAAAGUAGAUCAUAUGAAGAUGAUGAUACCAAUUAA